AUGCUCUUCCAACAACGGGGUUCUCUACAAAGAGGCUCUACCAACAGCGGUAGCUUCUUUGCUUGUUUGCUCUUGUUGGUGUUUUUGAAUGUUGUCUUUUUGAACUCACCAUUAUGGUUGACACCUGACACCAUCACAUCCGUCCAUGCCGCCCGAACUCAAGGAUUUUUCUCUCGGAUGGCUUCACGUGCUAAACAAAGCAUCGAUAGGGUUAGAUCUUCUGUGAGAAGUAUUGAGAGAAAAGCUUCCGACUCUGUAAAAAGAGCCGUUUCUAGCAAUCCGAUUGUUAGAAAAGUGAAAGAAACUGCCGAAAAGAAAUUAGAUCGAAUUGUCAGCGGUGCUCGAAAAGAAAUUGGAUCAGUGAAACGACAAAUCGACAAGGUCAAAGAAAAUGUGAAAAAAUUCAAGAAACAAGGAUUUAAAAAAGGAUUGAGAAGUGUCGGAGAUAAAUUGAGAUCCAAAGUUAGAAAAGUGAAAACAGAAUUCCAGUCGAAAGCAAGAAAAAUCAAAGAUAAGGUGAAGUCCAAAGUUAGAGAUGUCAAAGACAACGUUAGAAAAGUGAAAAGUGAAUUAAACUCAAAAGCUAGAAAAUUCAAAGACAAGAUCAAGACCAAAGUUACAAAAGUGAACUUUGAAUUGAAAUCAAAAUCAAGAAAAUUCAAAGAUAAGCUGAAGACCAAAGUUAGAGGCAUUAAAGACGAGAUUAAGACCAAGGUCAAGAGUGUUAAGGAAAAAAUCAAGAAAGCCAAGGCCAAGAUUAAAUCCAAAGUCAAGACUGUGAAAGCGUCUUUGAAAAAGAAGUUACAAGAUCUCAAAACUAAGAUUGGCAAAAUUUCACCAAAGAAAGUUGUUCAAACUGUCAAGAAGACUUUAAAUAAGGUUAAAGAAUCGGUCAAGAAUACCAUCAAAACUUUAAAGACCAAAGAUACCACUAUUCAAACUAAGAAAGUUGGUUCUUUGAGAUCCAAGAGAUCCAACGACAAAGUAGUUGGUUCCAUCACAGCAGGUGUUGUCAAGAUGGCAUCCAUUGUGAGUGAAGAUGCAUAUGACAAGAAUUCUGACAAGAGAAUCACUGAAAAAGGUUAUCGAUUGGUCUUGCAAAAUGAUCACAAAGACAAAAUGAUCGCGAAUAAGGUUUAUUACAAUCCAAACGACAAAACAUUGAUUGUCGCAUAUCGUGGUACUGUAAAUACUUCUGUGAAGGAUUGGAUCAAUAACUUUGAUAUUCCUCUUACUAAGGCCUCAUUUGAUGGAAAGACAAUUGGAUCUGUCAAUCGCGGAUAUUUGAAGCAAUACAAGGAAGAUAGAGAUUCCAUUCAAAAGAUCAUUCAAGAAUAUCAAAAACAAGGGCUUGUGAAAAAUAUCAUCUUUACUGGACAUAGUAAGGGAGCUGCAUUAACUCAAAUUGCAGCAGCUGAUUACAAAAUCAAUAAUCCAAAUUCAAACGUCAAAGUUGAGCUUGUAACAUUUGGUUCUCCUCGUGUUGGUGAUACUACUUUUGCCAAGACUUUGAAUGAACUCGUUCCAGAUAAUGCUCGUGUAGUGAAUAAGUUUGGAAACAAUGGUUCAGACAUUUUUACCACUUUACCACCUAAAUGGACAGGUUAUUCACAUGCAGGAAAUGAAAUUCAAGUGGCAUGUAACGAGAGCAAUGGUAUUUCGUGUCACAAAAUCAAGUAUUAUGAAGCAAAUGUGGCUGCUCAGGAAUAA